AUGGAUGACGCCGCGGCCUCGUCCGCGGUGUUAAUCUACGACAACCCACCCGGAUCCAUCUCUCCAGAUGAGGAGCCCCAACUGGAGGCUAGCACGGGCGGCUCGUCGAUGCGUCAGCAUAACGGCGCGGAGAUUAGCCGGGGCUGGGACCGACUCAACGUCGUAUGCGACGUUGGCCCCCGAGGUGUUGGAACAGUCCCGCCCUGCCGUACCGUCGCCGAGCUACGCGUCAAUGGCCUCCGAUCCGCCGUCCCCCAAUGCUGCCAGAUCAGGUCCAUCAAA